AUGUAUCUAGAUGCAUCACCACGUGACGUCAUUCAGCUAUCAGCUGCGUCUGGUUUUAUAUCUAUCUAUCUAUCUAUCUAUCUAUCUAUCUAUCUAUCUAUCUAUCUGUUUCAGUCUCUUUAUCUAUUAGUUUUAGACAUUUUUAUCUAUAUAUCUAUCUAUCUAUCUAUCUAUCUAUCUGUUUCAGACUCUUUAUCUAUCUAUCUAUCUGUCUAUCUAUCUAUCUAUCUAUCUACUUUCUAUCUAUCUAUCUAUCUAUCUAUCUAUCUAUCUAUCUAUCUAUCUAUCUGUCUGUCUAUUUUUUUUUCUUUUUUAUUUCCCGUUUUUCUUUCUUUUUUUCUUUACUCUUAUUUCUUUACUAAUUCAUUCUUUCAUUCUUUCUUUCUUUUUUUAUUUUCCUUUGCAUUCUUUUACUUAGUUUCUUAUUUUCGUUUUCUUUUACAUAUUUCUUCUUCUUCUUCUUCGUCUUUUUAUUUUCUUUUUCCUUCACAUAUUUCUUCUUUUCUUUUUCUUUCGCAUAUUUCUUUCUCUUCUUUUCUUUUUCAUUCGCAUAUUUCUUUCUCUUCUUUUCUUUUUCUUUCGCAUAUUUCUUUCUCUUCUUUUCUUUUUCAUUCGCAUAUUUCUUUCUCUUCUUUUCUUUUUCUUUCGCAUAUUUCUUUCUCUUCUUUUCUUUUUUUUCUUUCAUAUUUCUUUCUCUUCUUUUCUUUUUCUUUCGCAUAUUUGUUUCUCUUCUUUUCUUUUCUUUCACAUAUUUCUUCUUUUCUUUUUUUUCACAUAUUUCUUUCUCUUCUUUUCUUUUCUUUUUCAUAUUUCUUUCUCUUCUUUUCUUUUUCAUUCGCAUAUUUCUUUCUCUUCUUUUCUUUUUCUUUCGCAUAUUUCUUUCUCUUCUUUUCUUUUUCUUUCACAUAUUUCUUUCUCUUCUUUUCUUUUUCUUUCGCAUAUUUCUUUCUCUUCUUUUCUUUUUCUUUCACAUAUUUCUUCUUUUCUUUUUCUUUCACAUAUUUCUUUCUCUUCUUUUCUUUUUCUUUCACAUAUUUCUUUCUCUUCUUUUCUUUUUCUUUCGCAUAUUUCUUUCUCUUCUUUUCUUUUUCUUUCGCAUAUUUCUUUCUCUUCUUUUCUUUUUCUUUCGCAUAUUUCUUUCUCUUCUUUUCUUUUUCUUUCACAUAUUUCUUCUCCUUCUUUUUUUCCCUUUCUCAUAUUUCUUCUCCUCCUUCUUGUCCUCCUUAUUUUCUUUUCCUUUCGCAUAUUUCUUCUUCUUCUUCUCCUCCUCCUCCACCUUCUCCUUCUUGUUCUCCUCCUCCUUCUCCUUCUUGUUCUCCUCCUCCUUCUCCUUCUUCUUCUUAUCCUCCUCCUCCUUAUUUUCUAUUUCUUUCACAUAUUUCUUCUUCUUCUUCUUCUUCUUAUUUUCUUUUUCUUUCACAUAUUUCUUCUUCUUUUUUUUCUUCUUCUCCUCCUUAUUUUCUUUUUCUUUCACAUACAUUUUCUUCUUCUCACAUAUUUCUUUUUCUUCUCCUCUUCCUCCUCCCCCACCACCGCCACCCUGUCUCCAAUUUCUUUAUUUUCAUCUCACUUUCUUAUUAUAUCUUUCCUACUCUUUCUUUCUUUCUUUCUUUCUUUCUUUUUGGUUUCUUUCUUUCUUUCUUUUUGGUUUCUUUCUUUCUUUCUUUAUUUCUUUCUUUCAUUAUUCUUUCUUUAUCUUUGGUUUUGUACUUUCAUUUUACUUUCUUUCUUUCUUGCUUGCUUGCUUGCUUUCUGUUUUGCUUUCUUUCUUUAUUUAUUUUUGGUUUCUUUCUUUUUCUUUCUUUCUUUCUUUAUUUUUGGUUUCUUUCUUUCUUUUUCUUUCUUUCUUUAUUUUUGGUUUCUUUCUUUCUUUCAUCAUUCUUUCUUUAUCUUUGGUUUCCUUCUUUCAUUUUUCUUUCUUUUUCCUUUCUUUCUUUCUUUCUUUCUCUUUGGUUUCGUUCUUUCAUUUUUCUUUCUUUUUUCUUUUUCUUUCUUUGUCUUUGGUUUCCUUCUUUCUUUCUUUAUUUCUUUAUUUAUUUAUUUAUUUAUUCAUCUUUGGUUUCCUUCUUUCUUUCUCUCUUUAUUUUAUUAUUUUUCUUUCUUUAUCUUGGGUUUCAUUCAUUCUUUCUUUCUUUCUUCUCUUCUUUCCUUCCUUCCUUCUUUCAUUUGUUAUUCUUUUUUCUUUAUUACGGUUUUACUUUCUUUUUUCCUUUCUUCAUUUUCGGUUUAUGUCUGUAUGCCCGCUCAUUCUUUCUUUCUUUCUUUCUUUCUUUCUUUCUUUCCAUUACUUUAUUACAAUUCUCCUUUCUUUCUCGUAUAUUUAUUAUAUCCAUUUAUACCCUCUUCUUUUCAUUAUGGUUUUUCUUUCUUUUCUUCUUUCUCUAUCGAUCUUUCUAUGCGCCAUAUUUCUGUUCAUAUCUAUAUAUCUAUCUAUCUAAUUUAGUCUGUUCAUAUCUAUCUAUCUAUCUAUCUAUCUAUCUACUUCAGUCUGAUCAUAUCUAUCUCUCUAUUCAUCGAUAUCUUCUGUUCAUAUCUAUCUAUCUAUCUAUCUAUCUAUCUAUCUAUUUCGCCACUCACCUCAUCGUCCAUAUUGAAAUGCUCUUUCUCCGCCAUCAUCUUUUUAUAUAUAUUUAUCUACAGCCAACUGAAAAUUAUGUAGCAAAUGCAAAUUCAAUUUGA